GCAGUGUUAUGUAGAAUAGAUGCUUUUGGCUCUUUAUCAGUAUCGAUAUUUUAGACUUUGACUGUAGGUAUUAUGAAUUCCUAGUCAGGUAAAUUUGAUUUUUAAUUUAAGAAUAUAAACAAUAAAAUCCUUUCAGAUACCUUUGAACGCGGUACGCAUUGUAAAACAAAGGUCUACAGCAUAUUUGCAUUUGUGUCAGCGAUACAAUACAGCACAUUAGAUAAAGAAGUACUAAUAUCUUUAAAAAACAUAGCAAUCUUACGCUCUUUUAGCUCCGGACGGUAAACACAGCUGUCACAGCGGGCCGCUAUUCUGGACGGAUCAAUACUGUUAUCAGAGCGUAGGUGUUUAUGCGCGUAGUACACACACAGCCGCGCUCCGAUGAGGUCGCUCGCGAUAACGUAAACGGGAAAUGUGAAUGAUGCCGCUUCCCGAACUGUUGAAAAGGGCCUCGAGCUACUUCCUAGGACUUGAGUUCGAGGACUACGAGGAGCUGCCAGAUUAUGUCGACAAUGAAAUAUUAUUCUGCAAAAACAACGUGUGCGUACAUCCUCCAACCAUCGCUAGGCAUGAGCUCGAUGUUAUCCAUCAUCCAGGCUAUCUAACUGUUACUACCAAGGUAUUUACAGAUCAACAUAACAAUGCCAAACGACCCACGCUAUUCUUAAAUUGGAUACCUAAUUCUACGCUCAAGAAAUGCCCUUCAGCCGUAGAAACAAGUCCGAGCGAUGAGUUGGGACUGCGUAAAACUACCAAAGAAACAAAGCCAAAUGACUCAAAUAAGAAGAUCGAUUCUAACAACGAAAACGCAUUUUCAGAUUCGUCAGAAACAACAAGUAUUAAUUCUAACUCUGACAAACAUAGUAUUAAGUCUAACGACACACGAUACACGCAUAAUGAAACUACGCAAGACGAUUUGACAUCCAGCUCAAAACCUACGGUAAAGACCGUUGAUUCGGCGAAAGAUAGUGUUUUUGGGAGUUUUGAGAAAGAUGAAAACAAGGACGAUGUUUUUAUGUUUGAUAAACACGUGAGGUCGCAGUCUAUGACGUCAGUCAACAUAACUAUUGCUAAUCCCACCGUCGAAAACAUCGAUUUGACUCCUGACUCGGUGUCUGGUGACAAGUUUAUAAGGUCGCUCUCCAUGAGCUCGUGCGACGAAGGCAACCCCAAUUGGAUGAGCACCCCUGAAUUUCUUGCGCUAAAGCAUAACCUGGUGUUUCCUGAGAGUGUGCAGAGCUCACCGGUACCACAGAGACGCGCGCCGAUAAAAUGUCGAAGAUUCUCAGUGGACCUGAGCCAGAUGCGAUCCCUGCGGCUUUUUUUCAACGAUGACAACUGCACAUGUGGGCAGCUGGUGGUUGCGUCACGCGAGUCCCAGUACAAGAUCCUGCACUUUCACCACGGCGGGUUGGACCAUUUGGCGCAAGUGUUGCACCGGUGGCACUCGUUGUUGCACAACAUCAGGCGGGCGCCGGGAUCAGAAGAACCUAAUUUGCCGUAUCGCCAUUUCAUGGUAUGCCGUCCCGAAGUACAAAAAUCAGAGCAGCAUCCCGAAGAAGGAAAGAUACCAAAAAUUACGCCAGAAAUAUUUUAUGGAAAAGUCAUGAAUGGGAAGGGAUUGAUAGAAGACGAUUUGUUCCUGAGAAAAGGCGUUUUCUUUGGAGGUUUAGAUAAGGAGUUACGAAGAGAGGUCUGGCCGUUCUUGCUUCACUGUUACCCAUAUAAUACUACUUAUGACGAGCGGGAAAUUAUUCUUCAAUUAAGGACUAGAGAAUAUGAAGAAAUUACUCGGAAACGGCUGGAGAAGAUGACCCCGGAGCAAUACGCGCUGUUUUGGAAGAAUGUGCAGUGCGUUAUUGAGAAAGACGUAGUGAGGACGGAUCGGGGGAAUCCUUUCUUUGCCGGCGAAAACAAUUAUAAUGUAGAGAUUAUGAAGAAUAUUUUGCUGAAUUAUGCUGUAUAUAAUCCUGUUUUAGGCUACACGCAGGGCAUGAGUGACUUGUUAGCGCCCGUACUCUGCGAAAUCAAGUGCGAAGCGGAAGCUUUCUGGUGCUUCGUGGGGCUGAUGCAACGAGCCAUAUUCGUGUGCACACCUACCGACAAUGAUAUGGAUAUUAAUCUUAGUUACCUACGUGAAUUGAUAAGGAUAAUGUUACCGCAUUUCUACAAACACUUGGAAAAGCAUGUGGACGCAAUGGAGCUUCUCUUCUGUCACCGGUGGAUAUUAUUGUGUUUCAAGCGCGAAUUCACCGAAGCCGUAGCGCUACGCAUGUGGGAGGCAUGCUGGGCGAACUACCAAACCGACUACUUCCACCUGUUCCUCUGCCUAGCCAUCAUAGCCGUAUACGCUGAUGACGUCAUCGCACAGGGCCUCAACACUGAUGAGAUGCUGCUGCACUUUAGUUCGUUAGCAAUGUACAUGGAUGGGCAACUGAUCCUCCGCAAAGCACGCGGCCUACUGCACCAGUUCCGGCAGCUGGUGCGCAUCCCCUGCUCGCUGGCCGGCCUGUGCCAGCGCUGCGGGCCCGGCAUCUGGGACUCUGCGCACCGGCCUAGCGUCGAAUGCAACGGAGAACAUGAUUUCUGCAAAUACGCUGUACAGUAGUUUUCUUAAGUGAUGAACCGACACGCACACAUCUUAUUACUGUCGGACGUCGGUAUUGUGUCGUCUAGAGAUGCCAGGAACAGUGGUUUUGGCCGAAUAAUGAAUAUUCGACUGCUCUCUCGGAAUGCCGUAUUAAUUAUUCACAGACAUAGGAAUCCGCGGGGCAAAAUUGUUUGACAAGUAAUGUCAAGUAGGGAGUUCCUGUAUCGAUAAACUCAACUAUCGAUGCUAGUUCUAUAUACUAGUGAUCACUCAAGGGUUUGCUUGUAAAAAUAUGUUUUUAUUCAGAGUAAAAAAAAUAAUUAAAUAAUAACUCAGUAUACCUAUCCUUCUUCGUUUUUAAGUAAACGUAAAAAUUUUGAUUUCUUCAUCAGAUGGUAUAGCAGUUAAAAAAUCUAAAACUGCACUAAGUUAAAUCAAAUAUUCAGGGUGAACUUAAAUUGAUUGCUGAAAAUCUAAAUAUUAUUCAAGAGUCUACAAAUAAAUUACAAUCGCCACAUCUAUCGCUAGACUUUGGUGUACGAAAAUUAAAAUAAAGUACAGUUUAGGUACAUUAUCCAAAAUAUAUUUGGUCGAAAAAGGAAAAAAUAUUUACAAUAAAUUUAAAUAUGUUUUUAAGAAAAACUCCGCAUACGACACUAUGGAAAAAAUUAAUAUGCUACAAAAAUGUGAAGAAGUAAUUUUAAAACCGAAGAAUAGACGAAGUACAAUAGAUCACUUUAUAAAAAUUUGUUAUGCCCCUCCACAGAAAUUGAAAAAUCAUUUAGCCACCUGAAAUGGAUUUAUCAGCCAAGACGGGGACGCUUAACGCCCGAAAAUAUGGAACAAAUUCUGGUCGUUUACUUUGACAUUUAGUAAAUGGGACAUUCAGGAACAAAAAAAUUGGGAUGAGUAAAAUUAUAAAAUUGUCUUAAAAACGAAGAAGUUAUUUUUUUUUUUUUACUCUUAAUAAAAACAUAUUUUUACAAGCAAACCCUUGAGUGAUCACUAGUAUAUAGAACUAGCAUCGAUAGUUGAGUUUAUCGAUACAGGAACUCCCUACUUGUCAAACAAUUUUGCCCCGCGGAUUCCUAUGUCUGAUUAUUUAGUCAUGCCAAUAAUAAUCAUGCCGUGCUGUAGCUAUACGAGUAUACAAAGUCCGCUUUUAUAUAAUUUGUUGCCCUUAAAUCCGAUAUUUAAUUUUAGUUUAAAACCCCGCAGCAAGCUCGGUUCUCCAUACAGACCUAGUUACGGUCGCUCUCAUUUAAAAAAUACAGCGAAUUUAAGUUUUUCAUGCAAAAUUAGUUUUUGCUCUAUUUCGUUUGUUUUAUAAGCUGGAGCUAUAUAAACUAAUUACAGGCAUAGAUAUACCUCAUGUCAUUAGAUAUGUAAAGUUUCAUUACAAUCCAACAUGUACUUACUACACGUAAGUUUUAAAAUGAGAAGGAAGGAAACUCCGUUUUUAUGGGAAGGUGAAAUUCGGCCGAGCUUCCGGCGGAGAGCCCGGAGUCCAUAAAGGAAUGUGUUUAUUACAAUACUUAUGCGAAAAACUUUCAUGCUUUAGAUACAGGUAAUAACCUACCUAUUUAUGGGGUGCAGGAAUUGAUUCCAAUUUAUGGGAUUGAAAAGACAUACUGACUAUAUAAAAAAAAAAAAAACAGAAGUCAAUAAAUAACAUUGCGUGACCUGCGUCAAAUUGCUAUAGAAAAUUAAUUAUAUAUACCUAAUCCUGUUUUCGUUG